AUGUUUCUCAGUAACGGCGUCGUAAUGGCGUUUGCCUCAAUCGCCGUCGCCACAAUUGACUUCUCUGCCCUUCCCUCCCACCCACGGUUGAUGUUUACCGAUGAACGUGUCCAAUCUGUGCUGUCAUGGAAUGACACAGAUGUCUACUAUCGGGGAUUACUCAGUUCUCUCCAGACAACAGCAAACACUGCCAUCGCGACACCGGUGUCGCUGACCUCAUCAAGCUCCUGGUCCAGUACCAUCCGAAUGAACCUCGGUGCCGUAGCAGGCACAUACAGAUUGACAAAUGAUACUGCCUAUUCGGAUUGGGUCACAGAUACAAUCCUGACCAUUGCCGCUCUGUCUGAUUGGGAUCCAUCGGACUUCUUGAAUACGGCAGAUAUAACAAUGACGGUCUCUUUGGGGUACGACUGGGUCUAUGAUACUCUCACUGCGGCCCAGCGUGAGACUAUUGAAGCCGCAAUAUCCGAGAAGGCUUUCGUGCCAGCUCUUAACUCCUCUAUCAAUUCAUGGAGUGAGCAUACCAACAACUGGGCACAGGUGACGAAUGGCUGCUUGAUUAUUGGCACUCUAGCUAUAGGAGACGUCAAUACCACUCUUGCAGAGGAAAUCGUCGACUUCUGUCUUCCUAAAUUGAACGUAUCUCUGCAGCAGUACGCUCCAGAUGGUGGCUGGAUCGAGGGCUAUUCUUACGGAACAUACGCCGGUAUCUUCCUAGGUUUAACGAUGGGAUCUCUAGAUAGCGCACUUGGAAACGAUUUGGGAAUCUCACAACUCCCAGGACUUGAUAACCUGGGAGAAUGGCUAACUUAUGGAUACGGACAAGCGGGAGGAUUCAGCUGGGCUGACGGGGCGUGGACCUUCUCGAACGCAAACAGUCUAUGGAGUGUCGGCUAUUGGGCCACAAAGUUCAAUCAAGCCGGAUGGUUACAGGGAAUGCUAUCAAGAUUCACAACUGCCGAAGCAGCGACAUUCCAAGCAUUCCUUUUCUACGAUUCCACGCUGAACACUACCAAUGUCCUCCCCGAUAUAUCUCGCUACGCACAGUUCGAAAAUGUUGCGGGAAUGACCUACCGCACCUCAUGGAGUAACUCCGAUGGCUGGUUCUUUGGCUUCAUGGGCGGAUUUAACGGCCGGUCGCAUGGUCACUUGGACGCCGGCUCCUUUGUAGUAGACUACAAGGGGUACCGAUGGGCUGAGCUCCUCGGAUCCGACAGCUACAGCCUCACGAACUACUUUGUUGGGCCGCAGCGUUGGACAUAUUACCGCUGUCGCUCAGAAGGUGCUAACACCCUCAGUAUCUCGAAUGAGGCCCAGGUUGCACUGCACUUUGCAAACCAGAUUCCCUCGUCAAACAACUCUCUUCUUUGGGCUGGGAGCUUCGAUUCAUCCAGUCGCUUUGGCAUAGCAAACCUUACCGACGCAUAUUCGAACGUCACAACCAGCGUCCUGCGUGGGGUCGCAAUUCUGGACGAUUCACAACUUAUAGUCCGCGAUGAGAUCGUUGCUUCGAGCGCAGUCGAUAUUGCGGCGAGUUGGCAUACCUCUGCGGUGGUCACGCUUGGCAGUGAUAAUCGCACGGCGACUUUAACCCAGGACGAUAUUUCCAUGGAAAUCACUUUAUUACAGCCCUCGGGCGCGUAUCUUCAACUUGUCAACACAGAUCCCUGCGACGCGUAUACCGGGUGUUCUGAGAUGACCAAUUCUGGAAUAUACAACGUGGCGGUUCGUUUACCAUCCCUGACGACCGAAGCUACUAUUGUCGUGGCACUGGCGGAGAGUGGCCAAAGUCUGAAUAAUUUUACUGUUCCUCUCGAGUCAUGGAUUUCUAUGUGCACAGUGGACUGCUGGACAGGAAGCAAUGUCGAGGAUCCCUAUUGGCUUCUCAAUUCCGAGAUAUAUUAUUGA